AUGCCUCCAAGAAGAAAGAAGCGUUGUGAACAACCAGUGCAAUCUGUUAGACCUAAAAGAUACAAUAAACAUCUCCGCCUCUCUACAGCUACAUGCAAUACAUCAGGAGGGACACAAAGUGAAACAGAUGAAGACGAAAGAACUGAUGAUGAAAAUUUUGAUGUUGAAGAUAUCGUCAAUAGUUUGACAUCACAAAACAAGGAUAAUACAGGUACAAAUAAUCAGAAUAACAAAGAAAGUAGAGAUGAAAACAAUAUUCAAGAAACAGAACAGUCAGAAAAUUUCCUAAAAUUCACAAAGGAUUCUGCAGAAAAUUCUGCAACUGACAGUUCCUCUAUUGAGGAUUUGAUUGCUCAGGUUCUUUAUCAUCAUCAAGAUGAAAAGGAAGAAAAUGACAAUAGUGAUUAUGGUUUGGAUUCAGAGUCAGAUACAGAAAAUGAGCUUGAAAAUUCAGGAGAAGACCCAUAUGAUGACCUGAAUGAUGGAAAAGAAAGUGGCGAGGAACCCAUAUACUAUGGACAUUCUAUGCCUGUAAAAAUCAGCAUGUUGUUGAUACUUUUGUACUGUGUCACACAUGGUGUCUCUGGAAGUCAGUUAGAUGAUCUUUUGACACUUAUAGGAGUCCAUUGCCUUGAAGCUCAUCCAGGACUGAAAAGCCUUUUUCAUUUCAAAAAGUAUUUUGCAAAUAUAAAAUCUCCUUUGGUAAAGCACUAUUACUGCACACACUGCUUGACAUUUUUAGAUACAACUAUGGAAACAUGCCCAAAUCAACUUUGCAAGAAGAGUUUAAAGGAUAUGAAAGCCAGAUCAUACUUUCUAGAGAUACCUAUAGAAAGUCAGUUGAGGACUUUUUUUAAUCGUCCUGGAUUCACUGAUCAUUUGAAGAGUCGUUUUAAGCGCCAACACAGUGAAAACAUUGAAGAUAUCUAUGAUGGGAAAAUUUAUAAAAGGAUGUCAGUUGACGGUGGACCCUUAUCAGAAUCUCAUCCAUACAAUAUCUCAUUUACUCUAAAUACAGAUGGGGUUCCAAUCUUCAAAAGUUCUAAAUUUUCAAUAUGGCCUGUUUAUUUAAUGAUUAAUGAGUUACCAUUUAAACUUCGCAAACAGAGUGAAAACAUGGUUUUUUGUGGUCUAUGGUUUGGUGAUGUUAAACCAUUCAUGGCAACAUUCAGUCAGCCAUUACAUAAAAGUUUGAAGAAACUUGAAGAAGAAGGGAUUUUAAUAACAAAUGGAGAGGAAAACAUUACUUGUAAAGCUUUUUUGAUUUGUGUGACAGCAGACCUUCCAGCAAGAUCCAUACUACUUAAUAUGAAUCAAUUCAAUGGAGCCUUUUGCUGUGUCUACUGUCUAGAAAAAGGCAGAACAUUUCAAACAAAGAAAAAAGGAUCAGUGCAUGUAUUUCCAUUUAAUGCAGAACAGCCUCAUGGAUAUGUACGCACACAUGAAGGAAGUAUAGCUGAUGCUGUCAAAGCUGUUAACACUCGCUCCACUGUACAGGGCAUAAAAGGGCCAUCAUUUUUAAUGUGCUUGAACAGCUUUGAUUAUGUGAGGGGUACAUGUAUUGAUUACAUGCAUGGAGUACUUUUAGGAAUUACAAAGUUGCUGAUAAAUUUGUGGAUUUCUCCAUCCUAUAGUAAAGAAGACUUCUCAGUAGCCUCUUUCUCUGAGGUGAUAGAUAGUCGUCUACUUCAAAUAAAACCACCAUCAUUUAUUACUCGAGUUCCUCGAUCAAUUAGCUCACAUUUCAAAUACUGGAAAGCCUCUGAGCUGAGAUCUUGGCUUCUGUUUUAUUCUGUACCUGUCUUGCAAGGUAUUUUACAUGAAAACUAUUUGUUUCACUACUCUGCCUUCGUACAAGCUAUUCAUUGUUUAAGUGGAAACAGUAUUACUUUUUGUUCAUUAGAUGAGGCAGAAAAAUUACUAGCAUACUUUGUCAUGACCUUCCCUGCUUUGUAUGGAGAGCGUUAUCAAACUUUGAAUUUGCAUUCUCUUUUGCACCUCUCUGAAUGUGUAAGAAAUUUGGGACCAUUGUGGGCCUAUUCUUGUUUUCCCUUUGAGACAAGUAACGGUUAUAUAACAAAAUUGUUUCAUGGAACACAGCAUGUUGACAUGCAGAUUCUUAGUUCAGUCAACAUAAUUCAGAUGCUACCUGAAUUGAUAUCAUCUGUCCCACAAAAAUAUCACAGUCUUGUUCAAAAAUUUUAUCCUAUGAGAAUUUCAAAGCGUGUUCACAGUUUUCAUAUUCAGUUUCUAGGAAAAGGCUUCAAUGCAGUUUUAACGGAACAAGAAUCUGAUCAAGUCAUGGCACUUCUUAAUUUUGAGCCAGCACAUUUGAUCAUGUACAAUCGUGUUAUUUUAAGAGGUGAACUUUUUCACUCAAAAAACUAUAGCAAAGUAAAGAAACGCAAUACUUACACUGUAAAAUUUUUUUGUCCCUCAUCGAAUAUGUUUUUAUAUGGAUUUGUCAGAUAUUUUGGAAGUCAUACAGGUGUUGUAAAUAACAAGGCAUUUGCUUUUGUGCAUGUUUUGAAGAGGGCUGAAUCUACAUUGCAGCAGUUUCAGAAUAAAGAUUUAAACAUACUUGGAAUAUCAUUGCCACAUAUUCACCUUUGUGAGCCUUCAAAUGAAUUUAUGGUUAUAGAACUGCAUAAUCUGAUAAGUGUUUGUGUUUGUGUUGAAUUUUUGCAGUCCAAUUUUGUAUAUGUAUGUGACACACCAAACAAAAAUGAAACAGAUUAA